GCCACCGGUUCCUUUAUGGCUCCCGGAACAAUGUCAAGCUGAAACUAAACUCCUUUAGCCGAUAAGCUGUUUUGAUUACUAUCUCUUUGAGUAUUUUUGUUUUGCUCGUUCAAACACCACCGUGGCCUGUAGAAUGGAGAUCGGUGAUUUAUCAUGAAACUCCGCGCGCAGUAUGACAGAGGAACAUAUAGCGAGUCCAGAAGAGCGUUUAGACUGAGGGAUUCACCUGAUCCGAUGCAAACCGAUCCCAGCCCGCAGGGAGGGAACGGGCUGUCAUUAACCCUGCAGCCGGAGCUGCUCGCCCGAAUGCCUGGAGCUGGAAGUUCCAGCGGGCCGGAAACAGACGAGGAUGUCCGGGUUCCUAUAGGCAGCUCAUCGGGGUCUACAAAUGGACGUGGCGCGACCUCGCGCAGGCUGAGAGCAGCGAGCCACAGCCACGCCCACUCUCACGGACACACGCACAGCCACGAGCGCGAGCACGAGUCGGAUAGUGGCGAGUCUGAACUGGAGUCCGGAGAAUCCAGCAGCUCGUUAUCAGACCUUCGCUACCUCCUGCGCUGGCUCAAGAAAAGCCUUCCUUUCAUAAUUAUUCUCUGUGCGAAACUAGUCAUCCAGCACGCCCUGGGUCUGGCUGUUGCAGUGGGUUUGUUUACCACCUUUAUGUAUGUCAACAAAAGCAUUCAAACGCAAGUCUUUCUCCACGACCGAAGGACUAAGUUGCAUUGUGCCUGGCUCUUGCUGUUCCUCACAUCCUCCAGUCUCCUCGUGUUCUACACUUUUCCCACUCAGUCGCUUUAUCGCUGCCUCUUUUUUGCUAAUGCUACAAUAGAUACGCAGAACUUUUGGGAGGUUUUGUGGUGCGUCGGUGUGUCUAACUUCAUUUUGAAGUUUUUCUUCAUGGGACUUAAGUGUCUAAUUCUCCUCAUCCCCUCCACGCUCAUGACAUACCGGCGAAGGGGUCAGUGGUACAUGCUCAUAGAAGAGGUGGGUCAGUUGUAUCAGGUGAUCGCUCCUGUCCCGCUUUGGUUCCGCUAUCUAGUCAGCUACAAUGAGAUGGACACCUCAGCCGGUCUGACUCUGGGAAUCCUGCUAGCCUUGCUCUACCUCAUAAUGAAGCUUUUGGCCUUGUAUGGACUGUCAGGAUCAUUGCAAAAAACAUUACGGACUUUUUUCAGUUCUGAGGUGAACGGAGCUCCAGCCAGUCCUGCUCAGGUUAGAGAGGCAGGUGACAUUUGUCCGAUCUGUCAGGCUGAUUUUAAGCAGCCUCGGUUCCUCGUGUGUCAGCAUAUCUUCUGUGAGGAAUGCAUCGCCCAGUGGCUUAACCAGGAGAGGACCUGCCCCCUGUGCCGCACUGUCAUCACAGACAAGGUGCAUAAGUGGAAAGAUGGUGCAACAUCAGCUUAUUUUCAAAUCUACUGAAAUCUCACUGAAAGGAUGGAGACAGUGUGUGACCAGCAGUGGAUCCACAGAAUAUGGAUUGUUUUCUCCUCCCAGACAUCUCCGCUGAGCAAACAGCACUUGUUAUAAGACAAAAGGCUCUAGAAUAAGCUCCAGUUUGAGUUUUUUUUAAAUAUAUGUAUAGAUAUCUUGUCAAAAGGACAAGUGCAGCUCUUGUAUUAUUAUUAUUAUUACUACUACAACUGUUAUUGUUGCAUGUGGAGCAUCCCUAUUUUUUAAUGUUUAUAAUUUAUAUUCCUCUUUGUGUUUUUGCAUGCCAUCUCUGAUUAUACUAAUUACCUUCUGGAUGUAAGCAGAUGAAUUGAGUGGAGGCAAAUGGAUUUCUUCAAAUUGUAUUUGUCGAGAAAACAAUAACAAAUAAUGUAGCAGAAAUGUAUUUGUUGACUCCCUAAAUGUAUUUAAAAAAAAAUAAUCGUUUCAUUUUUCAUAGAUACUGGUCUUUUUGAUCCGUAGUCAGAUAGUGUGGUUUUUGUAACUAAACUUUUCUUAAACACAUUUAUGAAAAUUCUGGAUUUUGUGUUACAUUUGAAGUAUUGUGGCUUCUUUGGUAAUAAUCUGAAUGUGAGGUAAUUGCACAUGAACUUGAUUUAUCAAAUGAUGUAUAGCAUUAGAAUUGUGGAACCAUGUGGAUUUUGUGACUGAACAACAUACAGUGGCUGUUACUGUACCUGCUAAAUGCAUUUGUUAUUCAGGCCCUUCACAGAUACAUGGUAUUUUUCUAAUCAUGUUGCACUUACAUUGUAAUAAACCAAAGCCUUGAAUAAGAAAUAUCUAUUUUAGUACCAUCAUACAGUAUGCAGUUAUAAUUGUAUUUUUAUCCAGUAUAUUUCACCAAAUAAAUUUUUCAAACUGUUAA